CCGCGGCGGGGAGGGGAGGAUGCUACACCCGCGGCCCGCGGCGCUGCCAGCGAGGAGAACCUGCCGUCGCUUCCUUCCCCUCCGCCCUCUGAGCUCCGUCCGGGAGUCCGGCCGGGCAGGGGAGGAGGAAGUUGCGCCCCAGCUGAGACAGCAGCAGGUGGGAAGGUCCGCGGCCGGGCUUUUGCGGCGGCCUAAUUGCAGCCUGGCUUCCUACCCCUGUCCGAGCCCCACACUUCCCUUUUUCUGUGCUCGGUGGCGGCUGUGCCCUGCGUGCAUCUCAUCGGGCUUGCGAGGUGCCAGUGUCCGGGCGAAACGCUGGCAGCCGGGAGGCUUGCGUCUCAGCCCGGGCGCGUCUUCCUCCCCCCUUCCCUCCCACCCAGAGCCCCCGCGCUCCCCGAAUCUCCCGCAGAACCAGCGGUGCGCCGAGGAGCUGCGGAUUUAAUGGGGAAAGCGACCGCGACCCGCGCGCUGAACCCAGCUGGAUUUAGACGCGCACAAGUGUUGCAGCUGCCUAGCCGCUCGGCUCUGCCUUCUCCCGACUGUUGGAGAAUUACUUACAAAGCGCCUAGACUGCUCUGAAGGGUGAACGACUCGUUCCCUCUCGCACUGUCCGCCCUCAGUCGCUCCACCAGCGCCCGGCACGCUCUGCUGAUCUAAAAUCAGAGCAAUUAAAGAAUAAUGAAUUCUCUGGAACGGCAACUCCUACAGACACAGCUCUGCCCUCGCAUCAGCGCCUCCCAGCCCUCAUUCCCAGCAACCAGGCCGGAGCAUGUAGACCCUUUUCAAAAGCUACCUGAACCUCAGAGUUACCGGGUCUGGAUCCUGACAACGCUGCAGAUUAACCCGUGUGUGUGUGUGUAUGUGUGUGUGUGUGUGUUGAAGAGAAGUGCAUAUAUAACGUGCAUAUAUCUCUGAGUACUUUGGUGUCAUAACGAAGCUUUGCUCUUAAAGGACACGGUAUAUUUAGGAGUCUCUUCCUUACAGCAAGUUUCAAAUCCC